AUGCGUGAGUCGCCUGAUGGUGAAGGAGCCCCGUCGGAAGUACCUAAGCCGCGCCAUUCGCUUCGGUUCUGGGGAACGUUCGUAGCUCUUUGUCUUCUGUCUUUCAUCUCCGCACUAGAUGUUGCGAUCGUCACAACUGCCCUACCCAAUAUCAUAGACUCAGUCGGGGGCGCGUCGCAAUACGUAUGGAUCGCCAAUUCCUUCGUUGUCGCCUCGGCCGUGCUACAGCCGCUUACCGGGCAGCUUGCUAACGCACUCGGCCGGCGAGGACCACUCAUCGCCUCGACCGCGCUCUUUGCUCUAGGCAGCGGGGUUGGCGGGGGAGCACACAGCGCCGCUAUGCUAAUCGCCGGCCGAGUCGUUCAGGGCGUCGGGGCCGGCGGCAUUAACGUGCUGCUCGAUAUCGUUUGUUGCGACUUGGUUCCUUUGCGCGAACGGGGAAAAUACCUCGGCUUGAUGUUCUCGUGGUCCGGAAUAGCUGCCGCUUUAGGUCCUCCCGUCGGCGGUGCGCUUGCACAAUCAAAUUGGCGAUGGAUUUUUUGGCUAAACUUGCCGGUCUGCGGACUCGCGCUCGCCGCAUUGCUACUCUUCAUGCGAGUCAAGACCGGCGGACCGAUUGCCACAGACCCCGAUACACAGACUGAACGGCUAGAUGAGGGCGGACGGCGCCGGACCAUAGUUGGAAAACUCAAACGGCUAGACUUCCUCGGUAACGCACUUUUCACCUUGAGCAUGGUAUCGCUCCUGUUGGGGCUUGUCGAGGGCGGAACCGUACACCCUUGGUCGUCAUGGCGUAUCAUAUUACCCUUAGUGCUUGGCGUUGUGGGCUGGAUCACCUUCCACAUCCAACAACAUUUCGCGGCACACGCAAGCGUCCCAACUCGUCUCUUCACUAACCGCACCUCGGCCACAGCAUAUCUUUUGACGUUUCUUACAUCCGUACUCGUUCAAACCCUUGCCUAUUUCCUACCCAUCUACUUCCAGGCCGUCAAAGCUACUACGAUCCUUGAGUCGGGCGUCGACUUCUUGCCGAUGGCUAUAGGGACUCUCGUAUUUGCUGUCGUCGCCGGCAUCCUGUUGAGUCAUCUCGGCAAAUACCGAAUUUUGCAUAUCAUCUCUCUCGCCUUGUCAAUCCUCGCCUUUGGUCUCAUGACCCGCCUUAAUGCUGACACAUCCAAGGUAGAAUGGGCCUGGUACGAAUUGAUUGGGAGUAUGAGCUCCGGUCUGACAUUAUCUACUCUUCUGCCUGCCAUUAUGGCUGGCCUGCCAGAAAGAGACGUUGCUGUGGCAAGCUCAACGUACAGCUUCAUCCGCACGUUUGGAUGGAUAUGGGGAGUAACUGCUCCAGGGAUAAUUUUCACCGCUAUCUUCGAUGGCAACCUUGAUCAAAUCUCCGAUUUAGGUCUGCGGAAGCAGUUGUCAGGGGGCCAGGCCUACUCAUUCGCCAGCCAGGUGCAUAAUGUCCGCAAUAAAUACAGCAAAGCUGUCACCGCAGUUUAUAUCGAAAGCUUGAGGGCCAUUUGGUGGUUCGGACUAGGUGUUAGUAUCUUGGCCUUAUUGGCUAUCGCUGGCGAGAAGGAGCUUGAGCUGAGGAAGGAGCUGGAAACGGACUAUGGCUUGGAAGAAGCGAAGGGACAUGUACAGAAUUAA